AUGUAUUGGACCGAUGCCACAUCGACAGACGCUAGGACGCAGCAGCCCAGUCUCGAGUACUCCGUUAUCACCGAAAGCCACAAAGUCCACAAGAAGCAAGCUGCCGUCGACUCCACGGUCCAGCACGACCGUUCAGCUAGAGCCAUUAUAACAUCGAAGCCGCCUGUGGAGAACGAUCUUCGCGGCAUAGGUGCACAGUUCGAUGCGUACCGUGACGGGACCUAUUGA